GCUCGUCGCCCGCCGCCAUUUUGACCGGUGAGGUGAUCCGGAGGCUGCGGCGAUGGCGAAGGACGCGGAGCGGGCCGCGUAUGACUUGCCGCCGGGCGACGCUCCGGCGUUCGACGGCCCGGCGCCCUCUUCCGGCCCGAACCCCUUCAUCGAGAAGCUCUUUUACUACGCGGUGGACAAACCGGUCACGCUGUACAGAGAAUGGAUUGAGCGCCAGCGUGCAAGUAACAAGAUUUAUUACUAUCACCGGGUGUUCCGCCGUGUGCCGGACAUUACAGAAUGUUUAGAGGAUGACUACCUGUGCAUCUAUGAAGCAGAGAUGCAGUGGAAGAGAGAUUUACAAGUUGACCAGGAAAUUGUGAAAAUAAUGCGGGAGAGGCUAGGCGCUUGCAGAGUCCGGGAAGGCGUGAAUGCCAAUGAGAAUUGUGCAAAGGAUCUACAGCAGUUUAAAGAAGUGGCCAAAGCUUACAGGGACCGAUAUGAUGAACUAGGUGCUUAUGGAACUGCUCGCAGGUGCUUAAUGAAGCAGAAGCAUCGGAUGAUUGCAGAAAGGAAAGCCCAAGCCAAGGCAGAGGCGUAGCCAAGAAAGGGAAUGAGCUGCACGUUGAUGGGAAAUCAAGUUACAGCACUGGUGCAAUUCCCUGAAAGAUAAGACUUAAAUACAUCUCAGCUGGAAAGCAAAUAAAUAUAUAACCUUACCAUUUCCUUUAUUUUUUUGUAUAAAGCAAAGAUGUUUCAGCAUA